AACGUCUAAUAGGCCAUUCCGGUGAAUCACCCUGUAUAAACUGGAAGUAAUAAACCAUCAUAUUAAAUAAACUAGGAACACCCUUUCAUAUCGAUUGGCAAAUAUUUUUUCCAACUUUUCUACGUAGCAAUGAAUCACCCUGUAAUGCUAUGAUAUCAACAAUCUUUUUCCUGCUUGAUAAAUAUAAUACCUGAUAAACCAAAUCAAUAAAAUAAUAUUGGGAAACUAUUUAACAAAACAUUUGCGAUGUAGUUGUAGAAUGAAUCUUGCAUUAAAGCUUCUGCCGUUUUUCUUGUUCUCAACUCAUUCGUUUCCUAUUGUAUGCCUUCCUGAUUUCUGCAAAUUGACAAAAUGUCCAAAACUAAACUGUUCUGAACCGAAUAUUCUACAAAAAGGAGGUUUCUGCAGUUGUUGUUAUGUGUGUUUUGAAGUGAAGGAUGUUGGUGAAUAUUGCGGUUUUCCCUUAUAUGGACUUCCCCCAACAACAAUUUUAUGCAAAGAAGGUUUGUCAUGUACUGGAGGAUUCUGUUUGCCGAAAAAUGAAAUAAAUGUAUUUUAAUCAAAAAUAUAUUGUAAGCAAGUCAUGUCUUUAAUUGUGUUCAACAUAAUAAAUAGUGUAAAUAUUUUAAUGGAAUACUUCUAUCCCAUGAAAAUUAUACAUAUUCGCAUCCCUCAAUGAUUUCGAUAUUCUACACAUUUUCAGACAAAAACUGACGAUUUUUUCAACUUAUAAUUUGCAUAAAUUAGUUCAAAUAAACGGUAGCCUACAUGGGUAUCAUUCUGUUCUACUUCAUAUUCUAUGAUACGUGUUAACCUACAAAAUUUCGUAAAUGAAUAAAUAUUACUAAAAACUGAAAGUUUUAUUACAAUUUAAAGUUCGAAAUGGCUGAGGGGAGAAGGGGAAAGAAGAGAAAAAGUGAGGAUUUCAUUUACGAAGUGGACGAUAAUGAUCUAUCAAGCGACGAAGAAGAAAAUGCCUCGAAAAAACGAAAUAGUGAAAUUGACGCCAAAGUUGAAGUUAUGGAAACAGAAAACAACCCUUCAUCUGAUGACGAAGACAAAACUAACAAGGAAACAAUAGUUUUAGAUACGGAGGAAUCUAAUCAAAUGGAUACAAACCAAAAUUCUGUAGAUGAGAAUUCUGCCACCGAAGACGUUGCAGUAGGUCAUAUACCAGAAAAGAAUAGCCCUGAAGAAACCAAUAAUGAAGAUGUAAUUUUGAUAGAUAAUAGUAACACAAAUCUAAGUGAAAGUUGUAUAAUAAUUGAAGAUCCUAUCCCUAUUAUGGUAUUGUCUGAUGAUGAUGACGACGUUGAAGAAGAAGGUGAAAUUAUCGAAGAUUUCAAAAUAGUUGAUGAAGUCACUUCUACACCUAUACAAAAUGCUCCUAUAACUGAAACUCCCAAAAAAGACAAUUCAAAUAAAGUUGUAUGCAUAGGAGACACAGAAUUUCAAGUUGUUGAAGAAAUAGGCCCUUCACCUAUGCCAACAGAAAAAAAAACCCUCAUGAAUAUAUCAUUCUCAUGUGACAAAGCAAUGAAUCAGUAUGGACAUCUUCUUGUUAGGUUCUUAAAAUCUUUUCCAGAGGUGGAGAUUGCUAAAAGUAAACUAUGUAUUACAGUAAAUGAAAAAGAAAAAUUUGAAGAUACUGUAACACCUAAGAAAAAACAUGGAAAGAAGAAGAAGGCUAAAAAGGAUCUAUUCGUUUUAGAUCCAAAUCCUUCAUCUAAUGAUGAUAACUUACAAUUUUUCCAGUUUAGAUAUACAAGCAAAUUUGAACUAACAGAGGAGGGUGAACCUGAAAAAGACGAUACAAAAGCAGUACCGUCAAGGAUAUGUUUCAAUUGCGAUGGGAACCAUGCUUUGAAAGACUGCGAUAUUCCCAAAAAUUUUUCAAGGAUUAGUAAAGCAAGAUUUGAUUUUCUUCAGAAACACAAAACAGUUCGAUAUCAUGCUGAUCAAAAUCCUAAAUUUGCCAAUUUUAAACCUGGAGUUAUAUCUGACAAUCUGCGUGAAGCGCUGGGACUUCGUAAAAAUGAGCUUCCUGGACACAUUUACAGAAUGAGAAAUUUAGGAUACCCCCCAGGCUGGUUAGAGGAAGCUAAAGUACUCCCAUCAAAUCUUAGUUUGUUCGAUAUUGAUGGUGAAAAAAUAGAAAGUAGGAAGACAAAUAAAACUAGUAUAGAUCCAAGUAAAAUAGUUGAUUAUCAUGGUUUCAAUAUGCCAAUAAACAAAGGGUGUUUUGAUGAUUUCAAAAGGCACAAUGUGAAACCAUAUAACAAGUGGAUGCAUAAGUCUAAUAUGAUUGAAUAUUUGGAAGAAAAGUGUGGAAAUGAUAUCGAUAUGGACGAUUGUGAAGUGCAAGACAUCAAGAAGAAAACUAAAGAACAAAAGCUGAAGGACAGUGUUGCAGCACCAGUGAGUUCUCCUUCGCUUGUGGAUUUGGAAGAAAAGAAAAAGGAGUUAAUGGAUGAAUUAAACUCGAGUCAGGAGCAAGCUAAGUCAUCGGUCAAUGAUAGCGAAGGAGAUACCUCCCAAGAAACACCAGAAGAAACUGAGAAGAAUGAAAUUAUAUCGGUUGUGAAGAAUACACAAUUGGGUACACCGAUUUUAUCAAGCAGUUCACCUUAUGCUCGUUUACCGAAUCCUGAUAAUUUCUCUGUGGGAGUCAGUCCAGUUAUCGAUUUUGAGAAUCUACCAAAUUCCACAGGAAAAUAUGAAGAGUUGUCUAAAGUUUUAAAUAAAGUGAGAACGACGAUGAAAAAUAUAUAAUGAAUAUUUUUUUUAUCAUCUAUAAUAUUACAAUUCUCUGAACAAAUUUUUUUUUAUUUUAAUACCUAUUGCAGAUAUGAUUCUUUUGAAUGUCUGCAGUAGUUUUUUUUCUAAAUUUUUUUGUGGACUAUUCAGAUUGGGAAUUUAACGCACGAUGAAGUUUUCUCUUAAUGUGUAAAUAUGAAAGAAAUAUAUGUUUUUUUUUCAAAAUUA